AGAGGAAUAAAAAAUCAAAGAAGAACAAGAACAAGGAAGGAACAGGAUAGUACUGGGUAGAUAAGCCCGCGUAAUAAAAAAACCAACUCUUCUCUGAAAGCUUGUUUUUCUUUGAUUUCCCCUUCCAAAAUCUCCAGAAUCAGAGGGAGAGAGAAGAGAUUCGGUGGAGCGAUGGGUUGGCUAACUCGGUUUCUGACGGCGGUGGUUUUUUUGGCUGUGGGAGUGAUAUUCUCACCGGAGACCUUUGGAUCGAAAUCGGACGGUCUCAAUUCUCCGAAACUCUCCACCUACCUCAAACUGGCUCAUCUGCUUAGCUUCUCCACCGCCUGGGGCGCCGCUCUCUGGGUCACCUUCAUCGGCGGUAUCAUCCUGUUCAAGAAUCUUCCAAGGCAUCAAUUUGGUAAUCUGCAAAGCAAAAUGUUUCCUGCAUACUUCUCAAUGGUGGGUGUCUGCUGCGCGAUAUCAGUGGCAUCGUUUGGGUAUCUGCAUCCAUGGAAGUCCUCAGACACUGCUGAGAAGUACCAGCUUGGCUUUUUGCUCUCUGCCUUCGCCUUCAAUCUAGCAAAUUUGUUUGUCUUCACACCCAUGACUAUUGAGAUGAUGAAGCAAAGGCAUAAGGUGGAGAGAGAACAGAACAUUGGGGAUGAAAUUGGGUGGUCAAAGAAUGUGGAAGUUGCAAAGGUAAAUCCAAAGCUUGCUGCCAUGAAUAAGAAAUUUGGGAUGAUUCAUGGGUUGUCCUCUCUUGCUAAUAUCAUGUCGUUUGGUAGCCUUGCCAUGCACUCAUGGUACUUGGCUGGUAAAAUUAAUCUCUAAUAAAAAAGGCUUCAAUUUCCUUUACUUGGGAAGAAGUUGUUUGCUCUACGGAUAUAAAACUGAUUAAGCAAAGACCUCUCAUGGAAAAGAUACUUGUCAAUUUUUCUAUCUAGUUGUAUUCCGAUCGAACUUUAUAAUCCAAAAAAUAUAGCUGCUUUUUGGUGACUUGUAUAUUGAUAAACUGUUGUUUAUUUUGUGCAAAUGAAUUGUAUGGUUAAUGCUUAAUAUGGAAGAGUAAAAAUCUUAAGAUUUUA